AAAUUCGAUUUGUUCAUUAAACCUUUAAUAAAAUUAUCCAUUUUCAUCCUUUUUCCUGCAUGUUUUUUUUAUCUAACUUCCUUGAUACUAUUCCGUUCAAUCGCGUGUAUUGGCUGGAUGUUUUAUGCUCAUGUGCCCCUUGCAUGUACCCAGUCUCAAGUGACAGCUGAAUGGUCGCCUUCGUCGUCGUGUAUCGGAAAAGCGCAAACGUUGUUUACCAAAUGAAAAUUUAGGAUAUUCCGUGCUUGCCGGCAAGACAACAAAAAAACGAGCGUAUCGAGCACAGUCAGAAUCGUUCAAAAUGCAUCUCGGCGCACAAAAGCUAGCUCUUAAACAGAAAGAAGCGAAACUUGCGGCUGCAUUUCCCAAAGGAAUACGGUGUCAGAAAUGUUUGGAAUUUGGCCACUGGAGCUACGAAUGCCAAGGCAAACGAAAGUAUCUCCAUCGUUCAUCCCGUACCCAGGUGUUGAAAAAGAAUUUAAACAAAAUUGGCUCCAAAAAUGGUGAUGCCGCAACGGGAACUAAAGAAUCAUCGGAUGCAAUAAAAAACAGCACAAAACCGUCGUCCGGUGGGGAGAGUAAGAAAAAGGCAGCAUCCGAUGAUACAUCCGACAGCAGUGACGAUAGCAGCGGCAGCAGUAGCAGCAGCGAAAGUAGUGAUAGCAGCACCAGUAGCAGCGAUUCAGGUAGUAGCAGUAGUAGCGACGAUGGCAGCAGCUCUAGCGAUAGUUCCUCCAGCAGUAGCAGCUCUAGCGGCAGCAGCAGCAGUAGUGAUGAUGAAGCUUCCUCCUCGGAGGAGGACAGAGUGGCGAAGAAAAAAGCACGACUAACCAAGCGGAAAAAGGCCACAAACGGAAGCCAGAAGGCUGGAAGCGAUAGAAAAAACGAAGGAAAGCAAAAAAGACACAAAAAAGGGGAAAAAAGGUUGCAAAGGACGAUAGUGCUAGCAGCAGUGCUAGUGAUAGCAGUAGCAGCAGUAGCGAUAGCUCCAGCGACGACUCUUCUGCCUCGGAAAACGAGCGUAAAAGAAAGAGAAAACGGCGAGCUAAGGAGGGCGAAUAGUGCAAGUUUCCGUGUUGAGAACCUCCACAUACCGCUGCUAUUCCGCACGGCUAAAAGGGCGGGCGUCUCCUUGCUAACGAUAUUUCUACCCUAAAUGCCAUGAAAUUGCUGAGCAUCAUCUACCCUUACGGUGCAAGGUAAGUAUGCAGUCCCCGAAUCUACGUGUAAUCCCCCCAGACAUACACACGAAACUAUCUGUUCUAUGUAAGCUUAUAAUGUCAGGAUGUCACACACAACACACAUUUAUUAUUCGUAAAGUAUUCCUUACCAUAUUGUACAAAAGCGUAAAAUGAGAAAAUGUGUAAAAGAAAUAAUGGUGUAAACGUUAAUAAACUUUAGCCGACUUAAAGCUAGUUGCGCAGAAAGAA